ACUUUCUUUGGGAAGAUGUUCUUUGGUUGUUUUGACCAAGGGAGAAGCAGCAGCAAACCACCCAGGAUCAGCAGGAGAUCAUCAUCAGCCAUGACAACCGUUUGUGGCCUUCUGACAAAGUCGCAGCAACCAGUGCCGUUGAAAGGUAUCUCUGUGGAUGUAUUGGUCCAAGGCUUCAUUGCUGAUGUGGUUUCUGAACUUCGGUACAAGAAUGAGGAAAAAACCCCAGUGGAGGCUGUCUUUGUCUUCCCUCUGGAUGAUGAGGCUGCCGUAUAUGCCUUCGAGGGUGUGAUCGGAGGGACUCGGAUUGAGGCCCAGAUCCGAGAGAAAAAACAGGCGGAGGAGGAGUAUGAGGAUGCUUUGAGUGAAGGCCGUGAGGCUUUCAUGCUUGGAAGAGAAGAAAACACCAGUGACAUUUUCACCUGCAGUUUGGGGAACCUGCCCCCUGAGGGGGAAGCCACACUGAAGCUGCGCUAUGUCCAGGCAUUAGCUCCAGAGCCUGAUGGAGCCAUCCGUUUUGUCCUGCCUGCUGUCCUGAACCCCCGCUAUGUGCCACAAGGAUCAGAAGGAACCACUGUCACUCAGAAUAUAGCACGAGUGCCCAAGGGACAACUUCCCUACACACUUAGUCUGAGUGCCACAGUGGAGUCCACCUAUGGCAUCAAUCGUAUAGAAUCAAAAUGCACUCUUGAGCCACUGCGCUACAUAGCUGAGGACCGAACCAGUGCCCAGGUCUCUUUGGCUGAAGGGCACCAAUUUGACAAAGAUGUGGAGUUCCUGAUACAUUACGAGGAUGUUCACAAGCCUAGUGCCUUCUUUGAAGCUGGGAAGCCUGGAGUUGCCCCUGGUUCACUGAUGGGGGACCCAGCACUUCUGCUUACCUUGUACCCCAAUAUCACAACCUCCAAACCAGGUCAGAAUGCUACUGGGGAAUUCAUCUUCCUUCUGGAUCGUUCUGGCAGCAUGGAUUGCAACACAGACCACAGUCAGGAUUCACCCUUGCGUAUUCAGAGUGCCAAGGAGACCCUGAUCCUCUUACUGAAAAGUCUUCCUUUGGGAUGUUACUUCAACAUCUAUGGUUUUGGAUCCACAUAUGACUCAUUCUACCCGCAGAGUGUAGAAUAUACCCAGAAGACCAUGUCAGAGUCCCUAGAACGUAUCAAGAAUCUGAAGGCUGAUUUGGGAGGAACAGAGAUCCUGCAGCCUCUGAAGGCUAUUUACAGCCAGCCGUGCCGUGAAGGACAUCCUCGACAGCUUUUCAUAUUUACUGAUGGUGAGGUCCAUAAUACAAAUGAAGUCAUUGAUGAAGUUAAAAGUCACAGCAACUCCCACAGGUGCUUCUCCUUUGGGAUUGGAGAAGGGGCAUCUACUGCCCUCAUCAAAGGUGUGGCGCGGGCAGCUGGUGGCAGUGCAGAGUUCAUCACAGGCAAGGAGCGCAUGCAGGCCAAGGCACUACAGUCUUUGAAGAAGGCCCUGCAGCCAGCAGUGACAAAGAUUUCUCUCAACUGGGACUUGCCUCCUGAUCUUGAAGCUGUGGUUGUAGGAUCUGGGCCUCAGGUCAUUUUCCAGGGGCAGCGGUGCCUCAUCUAUGCCCAGAUCCGUGGGCAGCAUCAGUCAUCACACUCUACAGAAGGAACUGCUGUCCUUCAUUAUGCCAUCCAAGAUCAGACUUUCAUGGAAAAGGCAAAGUUCUCCCUCAGUGCUCAAGAAAAGGAUAGGUUCCCUGUUCAUCGGCUGGCAGCUCAGGCCCUGUUGCAGGAACUGGAUGGGGCAGAGGAAAUGGACAAGAAACACCUGGCACUGGAGACAAGCCUAAGCUCUGGGGUGGUGUGUUCACAGACAGCCUAUGUUGGUGUCAACACAGAGCUGGGCAAACCAAUUCAAGGGCCUCUCAUCCAUAGAAAUAUACCAGUCGCAUAUCAAGGUUUUUCUUCUGCUGCAGCAUCUUUUGGUGGAAUGCAACUAAUGUGUUCAAUGCCAUUGCAACCACAGCUAUAUGCACAAAGAGCAUGCAGAAAAGUUGGGAUAUUACCGAAGCGUGGGAAACUGUCUAAACAUAUUUCUCCUAAGAGUGAUAGAUUUGAGCCACGGUUACAUGGCUUUCUGUGUGACGAAGGUGGUGACGAGUGUGAAGAGUUGGAAGAAGACUCGGCAGAUGAACCGGCAGAAAAAGAAUCGCCACUCUUGAACCUGGUCUCCCUGCAGAAUGUUGAUGGUUCGUGGCUUCUUGAUUCUGGACUGGCCCGCAUUCUGGGCCACACUGAAACUACCUUGAGCAAAACACCUUCUCAAGUGGCCCCAAAUGUGUGGGCAACAGUGCUGGCCAUCCUCUGGCUCCACUCCAAGGCUUCAGAGCAGAGGGAUGAGUGGGAGCUACUGGAAGCAAAAGCUCUCAACUGGCUUCAGGUGGCUGCAGGACCUCAGCUGACUGACUGUGUGAAGGCUGGCAAUGCCCUGCUAGGAACCAGUGUCAGCCCCCAGAUAUUUGGGCUCUGAAUUCUACAAUGUAACCUUGCAGAUUAAACUGGAGUUUCUGCUUCUCGUCUGUCUUCCUGCCAAAGGGUCUCUUGCUGCAUCCCCCAAGGGGUGGCAUUGAUCCCUGGGUUAUAGCUCCUUCUGAUACCUCCAAAGUGCUGGAAUUUACUCUUAUUUAAAGAUGCUUUAUCUUGGUGGUCCUGCCCUUUUUGUAACCUAGUGCUUUGGGCCAAAAACGUGAUAUUAAUAUGCAAAAAAGGAUAUGCUCCUUUUGUAAAAUAGAGAGAAAGAGAUCUUUACAGAAAAAGGAAAGAAAAUGGAAACAAGCCUUCAGAUUUAUGGCCUAUGCCUUGUAACCUGAAGUAUAUCACAUUAACGUUGGUUAAUUGUCUCUUCUACAUUACUUGUUCUAGGAGAUGAACAAAUAAAUUGCAAAUCGACAUAA